ACAGUUCUGAGCGUGUUCUUUUACACAGAGCCAUUUCAAGUUCUUAGUGAAUUGAGUGGUUGGCCCCAGGCUACCGUUCUUAACCAUCCUCUUGGGACGUUUCAGGACACAGUGGCUUUUGAGGAUGUGGCUGUGAACUUCACCCAGGAGGAGUGGGCUCUGCUGGAUCCUUGCCAGAGGAAACUCUACAGAGAUGUGAUGCAGGAAACCUUCACUAACUUGGCUUCUCUAGGGGACAAUUGGGAAGAGCAGAACAUUGAAGAGCAGUAUAAAAACCAGGGGAAAAAUGUAAGAGUUCUUGUAGGAGAGAGACUCUGUGAAAGGAAAGCUAGUCAACACAGAGAAGCCUUUAGCCAGCUUCCAGAUCUCCAAGGGAACCAGAAAACUCUGCCAGGAGCAAAGCCCUAUGGAUGUGGCAUGUGUGGGAAGGCCUACAUGUGUCAUUCAUCGCUGAAAAGACACACGAAGUCUCAUACUGGGCGGAAAGCCCACGGGUGCCACCAGUAUAGAGGGAAGUCCUAUGAGUGUAGGGAAUGUGGGAAAACAUUCAGCUUUCGAAGCUCAUUUCGCAUCCAUGAAAGGACUCACACGGGAGAGAAACCCUAUGAAUGUAAACAGUGUGGGAAAGCCUUCAGCUGGCCCAGCUCCUUCCAGAUCCACACACGAACUCACACGGGAGAGAAGCCCUAUGAAUGUCAGGAGUGUGGGAAAGCCUUCGUUUAUCACACCACCUACCGAGGGCACAUGAGAAUGCACACGGGAGAAAAACCCUAUCGAUGCACACAGUGUGGGAAAACCUUCAGCCAUCCUAGCUCUUUCCGAAACCAUGGAAGAACUCACUCUGGAGAGAAGCCUUAUGAGUGUAAGCAGUGUGGCAAAGCAUUCCGGUAUUACCAAACUUUUCAAAUCCACGAAAGGACUCACACAGGAGAAAAGCCCUACCAGUGCAAACAGUGUGGCAAAGCCCUCAGUUGCCCCACAUCCUUUCGAAGUCAUGAAAGGAUUCACACUGGUGAGAAACCCUACCUAUGCCGGAAAUGUGGCAAAGCCUUCAGUUUUCCUAGUUCUUUUAGGAAACAUGAACGGAUUCACACGGGAGAGAAACCUUAUGAUUGCAAGGAGUGUGGGAGAGCCUUCAUCUCUCUCCCGAGCUACCGGAGACACAUGAUCAUGCACACGGGCAAUGGGCCUUAUAAAUGUCAGGAGUGCGGUAAAGCCUUCGAUUGUCCCAGCUCCUUUCAGAUCCAUGAGCGGACCCACACGGGCGAGAAGCCGUAUGCGUGUAAACUGUGCGGGAAAGCCUUCAGCUGCUCUAGUUCCUUUCGAAUGCACGAAAGAACUCACACAGGUGAGAAACCCCACGAGUGUAAACAGUGCGGGAAAGCCUUUAGCUGUUCUAGUUCCGUGCGCAUACAUGAGCGGACCCACACGGGAGAGAAGCCGUACGUGUGUAAGCAGUGUGGCAAAGCCUUCAGUUGCUCUAGCUCCUUUCGGAUGCAUGCACGAAUCCAUACCGGAGAGAAACCCUAUGAGUGCAAGCGGUGUGGGAAAGCCUUCAGUUUUUCCAGUUCUUUCCGGAUGCACGAGCGGACCCACACAGGAGAGAAGCCAUACGUGUGUAAGUGGUGUGGGAAGGCAUUCAGUUGUUCCAGUUCCUUUCGUAUGCACGAGCGGACCCACACAGGAGAGAAGCCGUACGUGUGUCAGCAGUGUGGGAAGGCCUUCAGUUGUUCCAGUUCUAUCAGGAUCCACGCACGGACCCACACUGGGGAGAAGCCGUAUGUGUGCAAGCAGUGUGGGAAAGCUUUCAGCUGUUCCAGCUCUGUUCGAAUGCACGAGCGGACCCACACGGGCCAGAAGCCUUAUGAGUGUCAGCAGUGUCACAAAGCCUUUAGCUGCUCCCGUUCCUUCCGGAUCCACGAAAGAACACAUACCGGGGAGAAGCCCUAUGUGUGUCAGCAGUGCGGAAAGGCCUUCAAAUGUUCCCGAUCCCUUCAGAUACACGAAAGAACGCAUACUGGAGAGAGGCCCUAUGAAUGUCAGCAAUGUGGCAAGGCCUUCAAUUGCCAGAGUUCUUUCCAAAGACAUCAGAGAAUUCACACGGGAGAAAAACCCUACAAGUGUAAAAAAUGCAGCAAAGCCUUCAAUCGUUCGAGUUCCCUUCGAGUCCAUGAAAGAACUCACACGAGAAACAGUGGGUCCCGGGAAUGUAAGGAAUGUGGGAGCACUUUCUUCUCUUUCUCCAAGUUUCAGAGGCACAUGAUGCUUCACACUGGCGAGGGUCCUUACAAGUGUGAAAAAUGUGGAAAAUCCUUCACGAGUCCCACUUACUUGCAAAUACACGAAAAGGCACACAGUGCAAAGAAACCGUAUGAGUGCAAACUAUGUGGGAAAACCUUAAGUAACCCCACUUCCUUUCAAAGACACGAAAGAACACACACUGGAGAGAAGCCCUUUGAAUGCAAAGAGUGUGGGAAAGCCUUCAAUUGCCAGAGUUCCUUUCAAAGGCACGAAAGAACGCACACAGGAGAGAAGCCCUAUGUGUGUCAGAAGUGUGGGAAAACCUUUAGUCGCUCUGCCUACCUUCAAAUCCACACGAGGGUUCACAAUGGGGAGAAACCCUAUGAAUGUAAAGUGUGCGGCAAAACAUUUACCAGUUCCAGCUCCAUUCGGGUCCAUAAAGGAACUCAUACUGGACAGAGACCUUAUCAUUGUCAAGAAUGUGGGAAAACCUUCACCUGUUCCAGUUCUUUACGGAGACACGCCAUUAUUCAUACCGGAGAACGGCCCUAUGAGUGCCCCCAGUGUGGGAAAGCCUUCAGUCGUGCCAGCUCCUUUCAAAGGCACGAGCGCAUGCACACGGGAGAGAAACCCUACGAAUGUGCAGAAUGUGGCAAAGUCUUCAGUAGUUUCAGUUCUUUUCGUGUACAUCAAAGAACCCACACGGGAGAGAAACCCUACGAAUGUGCAGAGUGUGGGAAAGCCUUCAUUUGUUCCAGUACCUUUCGGAAACAUGAACAGACUCACACUGGAGAAAAACCCUAUAAGUGUUCAAAGUGUGGUCAAGCCUUCAGCCGUUCUCGAAAUUGUCAAAUCCAUGAAAGAGCGCACAGCACACGGGUGUGAUAGUUCAGAAUGAGUGAGUUGGCUUCGGUACUUCUAGUUUCUAGGACAGUGUGAGACUGUACAGUGGUGAGAAACCCUAUACUUGCCGUGGGGUGCAGUUUUGGUGUCUCAGUCCAAAGCCUAUGAGAGGUAGAUACAUGGGGGAGAAUCUGCACCCCGCCGCCAUGCUGGGAUUGCUGUGCGCCUCACCAUGCCUGGCCUUUUCUGGCCACCUGUGAGUGUUUUGGCUAUAUUUUGUUGCCUCUUUCUAUACCUCAGUUGUUUUUUUUCUCCUCCUUGAACCCUCUAGAUAAUAUAUUAGCAGUUAUAGGCCAUGGCUCUUAACUUUUAUGUAGUUCAGUGGCAGAGUGUUUCUCUAGCAUGUACAUGGCCCUGGGUUCAAAUUUUAGCCCUAGAAAAUAGAAAAGUCCCUUCAUCUCUGAGGCUUGCUAGUAUUUAUUUAUUUAUUUAUUUAUUUAUUUUUCUUGUGCCAGUC